AGGUGUCCGGGUGGAGGAGACUCAUCGCUGGACUGUUUAUCCAGGUGGUCAUCUGGGAGGCUGUUAGGCCCCCGCUCCUUGAGGUGCUUAGAACCCUGUAGAAUACCGGGUGGCUGCAGUAUUAAUUUGGUUUACGGGAAGGUGUGUGGCAAGAAGGACAGCAAGUGUGUAUUUUGACUUCCUCAUUUUUGUCUUAAAACUGAAAUGAGUCUCUUGGUGAAGAGUGAAUCUCAAAGAGUUUUGUAGCUUUCCAGCACAGAGAAUCCCAAAUUGUAGAAAUGAACGGAUUGGCCAGAUGCUCCCUACAUGACUUCGGAGUUUUCAGUCUGUUUUUGAGGACAGUUAAAAUGAGUAGGAUUUUCUUAAUCGUAUAUUAAGUGACUUUCCCUCAGAGACUUUAGAUGUGCAUUACAAAAUUGGUUUUUGAAAAUAGGUACUUUGCCAGAGACAGUGGUUCUGGCUAGCUCAGGUCCGAUCGAUGGACGUGCUGUUCUGGCGGAUGGAGGGAUUCUAAAGAGCCUUCCAGGGUGGGACCGCCACCGCCUGCUUUCUUCUCCGGGAGCUUUAGGUGCAGUCUUCAGGACCGUGUUGUCUCUAGCCGCGAAGUUGCACACAGCCACCCUGGCUCACGCGGACCCCUGCAGACCUGUAGGGUAUGAAAGCAGAGUCAGCUAGCUUGGAAGUUUUCAUGUGAUUUAGUGGGAAAAGUGAUGCAAGAGAGAGAGGAGAUGAAACUGGAGUCUGAGACAUUUCAGACUCUAAGGUUAAAGUUUGAGAUCUGCAGCACUGCUUUAUGGGUGUCAUUUUGUGCUAACUUACGACUAUUGUAGUCUUUCCAAUCAUAGAAAUUUCCCAUUAAGAAUCUGAAAGACUCUUAAAAUGGUAUUGUACCCAAGUUCUGACCUCAGCUGCUUGCUUGUGAAAGUGAAGCUGACUUAACAUUUUCCGGUGUCAGGAAAUAGUAUUCUCCCAACCUAAAGGGUUCAGGAAACCAGAAUGAUUUUAGUUCCUUUAUUCUGUUUGUGUUUUUAAUGUCUGGAGACAAGGUAGAUCUGUUAAGUGUAUAGUAAAAAUAAUUUAGUAUUACCUCUUCCCCCAAAUUAAUUCUAAAUUCUACUUUUAGUUUUUAUUCACCACACUGUAUUUAGAUUGUAAAAAUAUCAGGUAAACUCAAUACUAGUGUUAAUUUUUUCUUGUUCUGUUUGUCAUUGGGUAAUUUGUAGUUGAGUAUUAUUAGAGUUGUGACUUACUUGUUAUAGAAUUGCAUUUUUACUCCUUUAAAAAGUGGACUUACAUCAGUAAUGUGUUAGACCAGAAAGACAGGAUUCAUGUCUAUCUAGAUUGCUGUUAUCUUCAAGCAUUCUUUACAGUCUGCAGUGGUGUAGUUUUUUUUGGGGGGGGAGGGGGUUAAAGAUUUACUUAUUUAUUUGAAAGGUGGAGUUACAGAGUGAGAGAGGAGAGAGGGAGAGAGAUCUUCCAUCCACUGGUUCCUUUCCCAAAUGGACGCAACAGCUAGGGCUGUGCCAGGCCAAAACCAGGAGCUUCUUUCGGGUCUCCCACAUGGGUUCAUGGGCCCAAGGACUUGGCUCAUCUUCUGCAACUUCUCCAGGCACAUUAUCAGGGAGCUGGAUCAGAAGUGUAAGGGCUGGGACUCAAACUAGUAUCUAUAUGGGACACCGGCACUGCAAGCCAUGGCUCAACCCACCGUGCCACAGCACUGGCCCCACUGGUAUUCUUUUGUAAAACUUGGGGACAUGUCUGAGUGAAAUCUAUGUUGUUUACAUGGGUAUAAAGUUAACCUUGCUUUUAUAACUCUUCUUAAUGUUUAUUUCUUAAAAUUUAUUUAUUUUUAUUUGAAAAACAAUAAGAAGUCUUCCAUCCCAGUGGCAGCCACGGUCAGGGCUGGGCCAGGCCAAAGCCUGAAGUCUCUCUCCCACAUGGGUGGCAGGGGCCUAAGUACUUGAACCAUCUUCUGCCUCUCAGGGUACACAUUAGCAGGAAGCUGGAUCAGAAGUGGAGCAGAUGGGACAUAAGCUAGGACCCAGAUCUGUACUCUGAUAAGGAAUUCAUAUGAUAUGGAAUUCAUUCUCUGAUAUGGUAUUAAAAGCAGCCUCUUAAGCCACUGCUUUGGGCCCCUUACUUAAUGUCUAAAUGCUAUCUAAUAACCAGAUGAAAGGGAAUUUAGCAAUGUAGCCACUGGAUAGCAUUUCUGUCUUGGAAAACUACUCUCUUUUUAUUUUAUAAAAAAAUUCUUAAAAUGGGGCCUGGCAUUGUGGCGUAGUGAGUAAAACCAUCCCUGCAAUGCUGGCAUCCCGUAUGGAUACUGAUCUGUCCCAGCUGCUCCACUUCAGAUUCAGCUCCCUGCUAAUGGCCUGGGAAAAGCAGCAGAAAGUGGUCCAAGGAUUAGGACCCCUGCCAUCCAUGUGGGAGACUCAGAUGGAGCUCCUGGCACAGCACGGGCCUUUGUGGUCAUCUGGGGAGUGAACCGGCAGAUGGAAGACCUCUCUCUCUCUCUCUCUCAAUCUCUCUCUCCCCCUCCCUCUCUGUAACUCUGACUAUGAAAAUAAAUAAAUAAAUCUUUUUUUAAAAAUUCAUAGGAUAACUAUCAUCCUAUGGUAAAUUUUCCUAACCAUUAGAGAUAACUGGUUACAAAUAUACUUAUUUUACCUUUGGCUUCAUAGUAUGUAAAUACUAUUGUUAAAUUUACAUGUAGAUCUUGCAAGAAUGCUGCUGUUGAGAAAAUCAGGGAUCUAACCCACAUUUUGUCCCUGGGUGCAUUUAGUGAGGGAAUACAACCAUUUUUCUGCAGUGACUCUCUCCUUAAGCUCCUGGUAUAUUUCAGAAUUGGGCUUGCUUUUUUAGCACUUACAAUCUUGUGAAUUUUUUUUGCCUUUCUGCAUACUUUUGUGAUUCUAAUAUUGAUAAAGAUUCCCCUUUCCUCUCAAGUCCACGCCUCCCACAUUUUUUUCCCUAGAGAAACUUCCUAUCUAAAGCUUUUUUUCUUGUUACAUGCCUUUUACUCAUCAUAUUACACAAACACGAGGUGACACUUUUUUUUUAUUCAUUUAUUCAUCCGAAAGGCAGAAUGAUGGAGAGAAAGGGAGAAACUAACUUUCCAUCUGCUGAUUUACUCCCCAGGUGCCUGCAACAGCCAUGAUAGGCCAGGCCAAAGCCAAGAGCCAGGCACUCCAGUCAGGUCUUCCACGUGGGUGACGGGGCCCAAGUCCUUAGGUCAUCUGCUGCUGCCUUCCCAGGCACAUGAGCAGGGAGCUGGACUGAAAGGAAGUAGAGCAGCCAGGUCUGGAACAGGCACUCUGAUAUGGGAUAUGGGCAUCCUAAACUGUAGCAACAUUACCCCAGCACACGAGUUUUAGGUACUUACUGCUUUCUGUACUUUAAUUUUCCUACUUUUGAUUUUCUGAGUAGAUAAUUUUAUUUUUGCUCCCAAAGUAUUUAUAGUUUUUUCUUCAUUUUGGUAAAAUUCCAGGAAAAUUUUUAGGACUAUCUAGUUGGUACAAUCAAGAAUCUUAGAACUGUAUGAUCUUGUGCUUUUUUAUUUUUUAAAAGAUUUAUUUAUUUAUUUAUUUGAAAGGGAGAGGCAAAGUCCGAGAGAGACAAGUCUUCUACCCGCUGGUUCACUGCUCAAAUGGCUGCAAUGACCAGAACUGGGCAGAUCUGAAGCCAGGAGCCAGGAGCUUCUUCUGGGUCUCCCACAUGGGUGCAAGGGCCCAAGCACUUGGCCAUUUUCUACUGCUUUCCUAGGCCAUAGCAGAGAGUGGGAUUGGAAGUGGAGGAGCGGGGACUUGAACCAGCGCCCAUAUGGGAUGCCAGCAGUUCAGCAGUAGCUUUGCCCACUAUGCCACAGCGCUAACCCCUGCCUUGUGCCUUAAAAUACAUAACAAACAGUUGAGAGUAGAUGGUUUUAGAAAUUAAGUUAUGAAAUAGAGUGGAGAAUGAGGAAAGCAUGUAUAAUAUUUAUAUUUGAGUGUGUCACUUUUUUUUUUUUUUAAUUAUUUACUUGAAAAGCAAAGUGACUGAAAGAGGGAUAGAUCCUUCAUCUGCUGGUUCACUUCCUAAAUGACUACAGCAGCCAGAUCUGGGCCAGCCCAAAGCCAGAAGCCAGGUGCUCCAUCCUGGUCUCCCAAAUUGGUAGCAGGGGCCUUGUUAUGUUGGCCAUCUUCUCUGCCUUCCUAGGCACUUUAGCAGGGAGCUGGUUUAGAAGUGGAGUUGCUGGGAAUUGAACUGAUACUGGAUGUAGGAUGCCAGCAUUGCAAGCAGUAGCUUAACUCUCUGGAUCACAGUGCUGGUCCCUAGAGUGUAUCACUUUAAAAAAAUUUGUUUGUUUGUUUUUUUGAAAGAAGGACUGAGUGAGAGCUCUCAUCCGUUGGUUCACUCCCACAAAUGUAUGCAACAGCAUAGGCUGACGCAAUGUGAAUCUCGCAGCUGGAAACUCAAUCCAGGUCUCUCAUGUGGGUGGAAGGAACCCAGUCACUUGACUCAUGACUGCUGUGCCCUAGGGUAUGCACUAGGACGAAGCUGGAGUCAGGAGUACUGGUUGUUGAACCCUGGUAUUCUAGCGUGGGAUGCUAGCAUCUUGACUUCAACACUGAUCCCAAGUGUAUCACUUCUAUAAUUGUUUUAGAAGACACAGCAUGUUAGAACUGAUGAUUUAGGAUCUAAUUCUGGUCGUCUCAUUUUAACAAGGAAAAUAAGACUUAUAAAGGUAAUUAUCUACAGAUCAAAUCAUAAGUGGCAAACUGAAGGCCAAAGUGCAGGCCUCCUGAUUUCUGUGCAGUGCUCUUUGUUGUAUCAUUUUUCUUCUACCAUGAUUGACCUCUUUUACGUUUGCUUACUAAUUUCUUUAAUUCAAAUUAUUGUUAAGAAUAAGAAUACCAGGGGCAGGCAUUGUGGCACAGUGUGUGAUGCCUGCAUCCUAUGUGAACACCAGUUCAAGUAUCAGCUGCUCCACUUCUAAUCCAGCUUCUUGCUAAUGCACCUGGGAAGGCAGCAGAAGAUAGCACAAGUACUUGAGCCACUACCAAACAUGUAGGAGACCUGGGUGGAAUUCUAGGCUCCUGGCUUCAGCCUGGCCCAGCCCUGGCCUUUCUAGCCAUUUGGGGAGUGAACUAGUGGAUGGAAAAUCUCUGUUUCUCCCUUUCUCUCUGUAACUCUCCCUUCCAGUGAAUAAAUAAAUCUGUAAGUAAUAAUAAUAUCAAAAAAGAGCUAUUUUUAUAUACUAUGCAGGCCCUACUACAGUUUAACCUUUUGUAAUUCCAUAAAUACUGUGCAAGACUAUGAUAUAUGAAUAGAAGAGGCACUCUGGUAUGUACUGUGGGAAAUAUGCAGGCAGGUAGUUUCUGUCUUAAGAAAUCUUAUAGUAUAGUGGUGAAAAUGAUUAGCAUACUUCCUUCCUUCCUUACCAGUAUUUGUUAUGGGUCAGGCCUUGUGCUGAGUGUUAAGGAUACAAGACAGAGAAAAGUAAUCUGUUACCUGUUACCUCUUCUGAAGAAAGUUAUGAUCUAAUAAAGAAAGCAAAAUAUAUAUAUAUAUAUUAUUAUAAUGCCACAUGACUAGUGCAGCAAUAGAAAUACGCAAAGAAAAUGAUGAACUUAAAAUGAUGAGGUUAAGUGAGGAUACCAUGAGACUGGUUUCGAAAGACGUAACCAAGUUAAAAACCAGGUUAAAGACUGUGGUCAGACUGUUGACUGGUGAACAGUGUCAGAGGUGGGCCAUUUCCUGUGUUAGUGUGGUCUAGAGCAGAGUCGAAGUAAAAGCCAGUUGCAUCAAGUUGUUCUAAGUAUACCAGUUCUGAGUCCGGUUGUUACUAGAUUUUUGUUGAGAGGUCUUAGAGUUCCAGAGAUAAUUUAAAUGAGUCCCUUCUUUAGGUGUCACCUCCUCUGAAAUCUUUUCUGAUUGAACCCCACACUUAGAUGGAAUAGCCCAGGUCUUUGUGCCCCUAUAUGCCUUAUCCAAACUUUUAGUAUAGUAAUCUCUUAUAUUUCACUGUUUUUAUUUAUAUAUAAUCUUUCUCAACCAGACUGUAAGGAUCCUAAAGACAAGGACGCAGGAAUUAUUUGUACCAAGUGCAGUGUGGUAACUUGUAUGUAAUUAAUACUGUGUUGAUGAUCUAGACUGAAAAAAAUAAAUUACACAGAAAUGUUAAAAUACCAUUAUAAAGGCAAAUCAAAUGUACAUGUUAGAGCAGUGGUGCCUCAUCUGGCUGCAUGUUGGAAUGAUCUAGAGAACUUUUUAUUAUUAAAAAAAAUUUUUUUCCCCAAAAGUCAUAGGGACAGAGUGCUCCCAUCUGCUGGUUCAAUUCCCAAAUGUCUGCAAUAGCCAGAGCUGGUCCAGGGUGAGAGCUGGGAGUAGGGAAGACAGUUCCAGUCCUUGAGGAGGAUGGUAGGAACCCCAUUACUUGAGCCAUCGCUGAUACCUCCCCAAGUCUGCAUUGGUGGAAUCUCGGGCCAGGAGCCAGAGCUUGGAAUCAAAUCUAGACACACUGAUGUAGGACAGUGCCUUUUACUGGCUUCUUGACUGCUAGGAUGAUUGCCACCCCUACCCCAAACACACACACUUUAAAAAAAAAAUACUUUGAAAGAAACUUCUAGUUUUUCUGUCCAAAACCAAAAUAAGUGAAUUAUAUUGUAUAGGCAGUCACAGGUGACUUUUCCCCUUCUCUUAAGUAUAACUUGUAAAUUAUAUGAAUUUUUGAGUAUUAUCCAUGUUUUACUUUGGCUUACCACUAGUGAGGUAUAACGUUAUAUAAAGAAGUAAUACGGAUUUAAAAAAAAAAAAAACUACACUGAUUUGGUACCUUAUCAGCUUGUUUGAUAGCUUGCUUUGAUAAUUUUUUUAAAGAUUUAUUUAUUUAUUUGAAAGAGUUACAGGGGGGUAGAGAGAGAGAGAGAGAGAGAGGUCUUCCAUCUGCUGGUUCACUCCCCAGAUGGCUGCAAUGGCCAGAGCUGCACUGAUCUGGAGCCAGGAGCCUCCUCACGUGGGUGCAGGGGCCUAAGUACUUGGGCCAUCUUCUACUGCUUUCCCAGGUCAUAGCAGAGAGCUGUAUUGGAAGAGGAGCAGCCGAGACUAGAAUCGGCCCUCAUACAGGAUGCCAGCGCUCAGGCCAGGGCUUUAACCCACUGCGCCAUGGCGCCGGCCCCGAUAAUUAAAAAAAAAAAAGACUUUAUAGUAUCACUUGUCUAAAACAUGUUGGUUAUAUGCCACAGCUGUCCUAUCCCUGUAUACUCCUGUCCCUAGUUCAUAACCUGUGACUGAACUUUUUAAUACACUGCUUUAUACUACGAGAAGCAGUCAACCAGAUCCAGAAGGUAUGAAACUUUAUGAAUAACUAGAUUCUGCAACAAACAAAUGGCUUGGGGUGGAAGACGAGUGAUGGGACAAGCGGGAAAUCUAUUACAGAUAAAAAGAGGCAAGUCAACCGGAUGCAAUGUGUGGAUCUGUUUUAGGUCACAGUGGAACAAAGCAACUGUAAAAAGUCACUUUGGAGAUCACUGGAGAAAUUUUAAUAUGUACCUAGUAUUAACAUUAAGUAUAAAGAUUUAUUUAUUUAUUUGAAAGCGUUGGGGGGAGAGAAAGAGAGAUAGGGUUGGAGAUAGCUUCCACCUGCUGGUUCACUCCCCAGGUACUUAGGCCAUCUUGUGCUGCUCUCCCAGGCCAUUAGCGGGGAGCUGGAUUGGAAAUGGAGCAGCUGGAACUCGAAUCCAUACCCAUAUGGGAUGCUGGCAUCACAAGUGGUAGCUUUACUCACUCCACAGCACCAACCCCAAUAUUAAAAAAACAUUAAGGAUAUUUCUUAGAUAUUUUAUGACAUUGUGGUAUGUAAAUACAAAUGUAAAGCUCUUACCUGUGGAGGUACAUAUUGGAAAUAUUUACAGGUGAAAUGACAUGUAAUCCAGCACCUCCUCUGCCCCCCCCCCCCAGAAAAAGUUGGGUAGAGAUGGACACAUCAAGAUUGACAGAUGUUUUUAAUUUGUUCAAGUGAUUAAGACAUACAUGUGGCAAAGUAGAGUAAGCCGCUGCCUGUGAUGCCAGCAUCCCAUAUUGUUACAGCUGGAGGACAUGCUGGUUCUCGUCCUGGAGAGGAGGAAUUUCCACAAGGGUUACAGAAGUGAGCAGAAAUAAGAGGCUUUAUUGAAAGCAAGGAGCCUUCUGAUGCAGUAGUCGGGAGGGGUACUCCACGGGAAGAGUCGCCUCCUGCCCUGACCCCAGAGCUUUCAGGUGCAGGCUUUUAUGAAGGUGCCAAAAAGGGUGUGUAACUCUUAAAACUUUGUCCAGUCAGUGGAGCAGAAAGGAUCAUGUGAAUAUGCACUUUGAUUGGCCUAUGUAAGAAUGAGUUAGUAGCCACUCAGGGAGACACUCAGGGAGAUGGGGUAGGAAUUAUUGUCCAGUCAGCAAGCAGUGAAUCUCAUGCCUAUGGCAGGGAUCAGGGAGGCAUCAGUGGGCUACCUCUAGCAAACAACCAGGUUUUAUGAUGAAGCUAUGGGUAGCUAGAGGCCUUCCCCAAGAAGGAGCAACCAUUGUCUUUUUUCUCUUUUGAAGGGACUUUGUUCUCCUCUUUCCAUUAUUUUUUUUUAAGAUUUAUUUAUUUAUUUGAAAGAGUUAUGCAGAGAGAGAGGCCUUCCAUUCGAUGGUUCACUCCCCAACUGGGCUACACUGAACUGAAGCCAGGAGCCAGGAGCUUCUUCCAGGUCUCCCACCCUGGUGCAGGGAUCCAAGGACUUGGGCCAUCUUCUGCUGCUUUCCCAGGCCACAGCAGAGAGCUGGAUCAGAAGUGGAGCAGUCAAGUCUUGAACCAGUGCCCAAAUAGGAUGCUGGCGCUUCAGGCCAGGACAUUAAUCCACUGUACCACAGCACUGGCCCCUCCUUUUUCCAUUCUAACAGGGAUCUUACCUAACUUCCUAUUGACCCAUCUAACUCCUUACUGUAUAAGCAUUGGUUUGAGUCCUGGCUGCUCCACUUUCAGUUCAGCUUCUGUUAAUGUGUGUAGGAAAGCAGCAGAAGAUGCCUGGAGUAUUUGGGCCCCUGCUACCUACAUGGGAGACCCAGCUCCUGGCUGAUGAGGUCAUUUGGGGAGUGAACCAGCAUAUGGAAGAUCUUUUUGCAUCUUCCCCUCUUUCUCUUUAACUCUGCCUUUCAAAUAAAUAAAUUUUUUAAAGGUUUUAUUUAUUUGAGAGGUACAGUUACAGACAGAGGGAAACAUCUUCUGUCUACUGGUUCACUUCCCAAAUGGCCACAAUGGCUGCAGCUGGGCCAAUCUGAAGCUAGGAGCCAGGAGCUUCUUCCAGGUCUCUCAUGGGGGUGCAGGGGCCCAAGUCCUUGGGCCCUCUUCUGCUGCUUUCCCAGGCCAUAGCAGAGAGCUGGAUCAGAAGAGGAGCAGCCGGCACUAUAUCCUGCCACCCAUAUGAGAUGCUGGUGCCGCAGGUGGAGGUCCAGCCCGCUAUGCCACAAUGCGGGCCCCAGAAAUCUUUUUUAAAGGUACAUGAAGAUUUCAUGUUAUCAUUUUCUCAGCUUUUGUUAUGUUUGAAAAUAUCUACAGUAAAAAUGUAAACAAAUGAAUUGCUCUGAAGAAAGCUGCUUUAGUAGAAUACCGUAAAUAUUUGAUUAAACAUCAGUGAUUGGUAAAGUGUGUCAACUUCGUUUAUCUUUGGUGAUGUCUUUUCUGUCGUAAGUUUUUCCAUCAUGAGCCCUCAUUCUUUUCCUAUCAGUAACACCUUUCUUGACUUCAGAUUCUCAUAAACUUUGCUAUCAUCUUUCAUGAAGGGGAAGGAUAGAGAAAGAAGUACUCCUAAACUCUUGGAGGUUUAGGAACCUUAUAAAACUCAUGCUUGCCCAUUUUUAAAUGGGCUGUUAGGAUAAGGGGAUUGUUUUAAUACUGAUAGAUAACUUGUGAUGACUGAUGAGGGCAAAAUUACACCAUAAGCUUUUUUUUUUUUUAAAGAUUUUAUUUAUUCAUUUGAGAGGUAGAGUUAGACAGUGAGAGAGACAGGAGAGAGGUCUUCCUUCCACACCAUAAGCUUUUGAUUCAUGGCUGCUGUUUUUGCUCCUUGUAUGGAAUACAUACUUUUGGGCUACCAACAACUUUGAGCAAGUUCUGAAAGGACAGUCCCUUAUGCCCUGGAUAUCAUGGCUUUAAGGUCAUCUUUACUGAGAAGGGCAGGCUGCAUUUCAGUCCCUUUCCCCUUCCCCUUGCCCUGUUGCCUAUUAACACCUUUGUGCACAGGCUGCAGGGCUACCCCUGGUGGGUUUGUUGACUCAGACUAAUGCAGAUUAUAUGUGUUUGAAGUUUUUGGUGAUGUGUGUUCUUGGCAGUAGGUAUGAAAGUUUAUUUUGUAAAUUAUUAUUAUUUUGUGAGUGUUAGAACAAUACUAUUUUAAUGAAGCUUUUAGAUUUUACAACUGAAUGGAAAAACAAGAUAUUAUCUGUUAAAACCCUGAUAUUAGUGCUUUGAUAUAUUUUGUGGAAUCUCAGUGAUUUCAUUUGAAGGUAUGAGCAGAAAACUGAACAAUCUAUAACACACAUACAACACCUUGCUAUAACUGCAAAGAUUCAGUAGUGAAAAUACUAUAUCCAUAUUGUUAGGUUUUAAGAUGUACAUUUGUCAUAUUUUAACAUUUCCAACAUUUAGCUGCAUUUUAUUUUUGAAGGAUUUUUAAGCUACUGUUAAAUCAUUUGUGAAACUUACAGUUAACAUAAUUGAUUUUUAAAAAUUUAUUUAUCUGGAAGGCAGAGUUACGGAGAGGCAGAAGCAGAGAGAUCUUUCAUCCAGUGGUUCAUUCCUCAGACGUUGGCAAGGGCCAGAUCUGGGCCGAUCUGGAGCCAGGAGCCAGGAGCCAGGAGCCAGGAGCUUCCUCCUGGUCUCCUAUGCAGGUGCAGGGGCCCAAGGAUUUAGGCCAUUAUCUAGUGCUUUCCCAUAGCAGAGAGCCGGAUUGGAAGUGGAGCAGCCAAGUCUUGAACCGGCACCCAUAUGGGAUGCUGACACCAGCCAUGCCACAGUGCUGGUCGACAAUUCAGAAUUAAAGUCAGUCAUGUAAAUAAAUUACUCAGAAGCUAUGCAAACCUGAAAUUUUGAAGUUACCUUGAAUGUCUUAACAGAAGAAAAACAUAGAGCUGAAGCUUUUAGCUUCUUAAAUUUGUAGUUGGGUGGCUGAGAUGUGCAGAAAUAGGAAGGAAAAAAAAAGUAUAUUGGGGGCUGGUGCUGUGGCGCAGCAGGUUAAAGCCCUGGCCUGAAGCGCUGGCAUCCCAUGUGGGCGCUGGUUUGAGACCCAGCUGCUCCUCUUCUGAUCCAGCUCUCUGCUGUAGCCUGGGAAAGCAGUAGAAGAUGGCCCAAGUCCUUGGGCCUCUGCACCCUUGUGGGAGACCCGGAAGAAGCUCCUGGCUCUGGAUCGGCGCAGCUCAGGCUGUUGCGGCCAGUUGGGGAGUGAACCAUCGAUGGAAGACCUCUCUCUCUCUCUGCCUCUGCGGUCUCUGACUUUCAAAUAAAUAAAUAAAUAAAAUCUUUUUUAAAAAGUAUAUUAUUAGGAAAUGACAGGUUUGUCUAGGUCUUAAUUCUAAUAAUAUUAGUCUUUUUGUUUUGUUUUUAAAUUUCCUGGUAUUUUAGCUCAGAACUGGGUUUUGGUUUGGCGUUUCCUUACUAAGUCUGUGGAGCAGCUUUUGGCUUACGUUUUCAUUACUGCAUUGCGUAUCCUUGUUAUGUUUCUAAUGGUUUGAAAAAUCCACACAAAAUAUUCAGUUUAUGACAUUCAUCUGUUUAAUCAUGACUGUUUGGCAAAUAACAUCUGAACUUCCUGUAAUUUAUCAGACAGAUCUGCUUUAACUUGGGGUGGGUUUAUUUAUUUUUCAGAUAUUUAGUUUAAAACCAAGAAAACACUAAUAAGUUAAAAAUUCUUAUGUAUACAUGAACAUUUUCAUUUUGAGGAGCCAUGAGAACUUGAAUCCAACUGAAAUAUUUUUGUUCUAUUUUUGAGAGCAUUUGCCUUUACCAUAUUUAAACUAUUAUUUUUUACAGCCAGAAAUAGUAACUUAUUUUCACAACUGGCUAAUUUACAUCCUAAGUAGCAUGGAGAGAAUUCGCUUUGAUGAUUUAUUUUUUUCUGGUUUAGCAAUGUGCCACAUUCCAAACACAUUUUAAGAAUUUAUCAGGAGUCUGGUACUGUGGUAUAGUAGGCUAAGUCUCCACCUGCAGUGCCAGCAUCCCAUAUGGGCGCUGUUCCUCUUCCCAUCCAGCUCUCUGCUAUAGUCUGGGAAAGCAGUAGAGGAUAGCUCAAGUCCCUGGGCCACUGCACCCACCUGGGAGACCCGGAAGAAGCUCUCAGCUCCUGGCUUCAGAUCAGCUCAGCUCCAGCUGUUGUGGCCAUUUGGGGAGAGAACCAGCAGCAGAUGGAAGACCUUUCUGUCUAACUGUACUUCUCAAAUAAAUAAAUAAAUCUUUAAAAAAUUGGUCAGAAAUAGAGAAUUAUCCUUUCCAGUUAGAUGAAUUACUGCUUUUCCUUUCCUGAAAAAUCAUGUUUCAAUAUUAUUUCAUUUAAGAAAGUUUUUUUGAAAUAAAGAUCUUUAAGUAAUAUUUUCAUAAUUAGGAUGAAACUAUCUUGAGUCCAUUAUUCCAGGUGAUUUAUACUGUAAAUGACUUCCAUGGAUAUUAGAGUUUCUGAAUGUUUUGGGAAUAUUUUCUAUGUACUGGUGGGGAGCUUCUGUACUCUUUUCUUUAUAGGAAUUCUAAUUUUUGUGAAAGCUGGAUCAUUAUAAUCAGCAGUUAGACAUUCUCUCAAUGCAGUUUUCUUUUCAGAUUCCUUGCAACAUUUGGUAAAAUCUUCAACUUGUUCAGAAAAACCUCUCUAGCUUUUUCUCAUUAAUUUAGGGAGCAAAACGUCUUUUUUGACAUGUUUGAGAUGCUGCUCUGCAGGAUGGAAAGCCAUCUCAGCAGGCAGAGCAAAGUCACUUUCUUUUGUGAUCAGAUGAAAUUUUUCUCUUCCACAAGAAAACAGGCUGAUGAGGUUAAGUAACCUGUUCAAGACUGGUUCAGUAAUUAAUUAAAGGACCGUGAUUUGAGGCCAGGCAUGUGUGAUUCCAGUACCAGUAUUUUUGUUAUCAUACUGCACUUUCUCUGGUAUACUAAUAAUGAUUGGCCCUGUUAGAGACUUUUAUUAAGCUGCAGUUGUGUAGCAGGGUAGAUAAAAUGUAAAAGAAAUGCAGUUUUUAUGUUCUGUUGACAUUUUUGGCAUUAUUUUGUCCUGAUUUGGAGGCAUGAGAGGGAAAAUUAAAAACAAAAGGUUAAAAAACACACACACAACAUCAGGGCUGGCAUUUUGGCAUAGUGGUUAAAGCUGCCGCCUGAGAAGCAGGCAUACCAUUUGGGCACCAGUUCUAGUCUGAGCUGCUUUACUUCCCAUCCAGCUCCCUGCUAAUGCACCUGGGAAAGCAGCAGAGGAUGGCUCAAAUGCUUAGGCCUCUGCCACCUACGUGGGAGACCCAGAGGAAGUUUCUGGCUUCAGUCUGGCCCAGUCCUGGCCAUUGAGGCCAUUUGGGGAGUGAGCCAGUGGAUGGAAGGUCUCUGUCUCUCCCUCUCUCUCUGUAACUCUGCCUUUCAAAUAAAUAUAAUAAAUCUUAAAGAAAAAAAAAACCCAGUGUCAUAUUCCCUGAAUAAUUUAUAUUUGUGUUCCUAAAAGCAAAUCCGGUCUAAAGACAUAGAUUUCAUUGCUAUUUACAUACAUGAUGUGCAAAUGGCUAGGACAGUGAAGUAGUACUGAGUUACACAAACAUUUAUUUAUUUUGCUGCAUUAGUCCAACUGUCCUAAAGUUAAUGCAGAUUCAUAUUUUGAUUGAACUCUCAGUAGGAAAUCUAUUUUAAAAUGGAGUUUUGUUUCAGGGGAAGAAGAAAGUAAUGACCUAUAAAAAUAUUUUGUUCUCUGAGGCGAAUUAAAUUAACGAGGAAAUUUUGACGUGUGUUUUCAUUUUCCUUUCCUUAUAUUUUUGGAAAUAUAUCCUUAGUUUUGACAAUAUGUUGUCUGAUGUCAGAUUUAUUUACUGUACACUGUUUUCACGUUUAUGGGAAGCCCAUGUUUCAAAAGAAGAUUUAAUUGAAAGAGUUACGAGAGAGAGAGAGAGAAUCUUCCAUCUGCUGGUUCAUGCCCCAGGUGGCCCCAGCAGCAUGGGCUGGGCCAGGCUAAAGCCAGGAGCCAGGAGCUGCUUCCUGGUCUCCCACGUGAAUGGCAGGGGCCCAAGCACUUGGGCCAUUUUCUGCUGUUUGCCCAGGAGCAUUAGCAGGGAGCUGGAUCAGAAACGGAGCAGCUGGGACAUAAACCAGUACCCAUAUGGGAUGCUGGCUUCACAGGCGGCAGCUUAACCCACUGUGCCACAACGCCAGCCCUGAGAAGCCCAUUUUUUAACCUAGCAAGUAUUUUGUAAUAAAAGAAGAAUAAAAUGUCCUACAGCGAAAAUGAAACCUGAGUGGGCUAUUGAGUAAUCCAUGUUCAUGACUGUCAGUGCUACCUGUUUGGUUGGAUUUGGAGUCCUAUUGUACUGUGAUUAUAAUGCCAAUAGACUAAAGAAAGCACUAGCAGCCAGGAAACAGGUAACAGUGGAAGCUGAGGACUGAGUCCUCAGAGGCCUUUGAUAACGUCUCCUUUAGUAUUUGGGUCAGCAGCUAAAAUGGCCAUGUAGGUAUCAAGUUAGCUGGCCAUCUCUCCUGCUACCUCCUUCUUACCCCUAGUGAAGAUUCAUAGCUGGAGGUCCCCAAAGAAGUAACUGGGCAAGGUGGUGGUGUGUUACACUUUCAGGGUUCCUUCUUGCAGAGGGAGACAUCUGGCUCACAGGCUGUAUAAGCCCGCGAAAUCAUUUGGUCUGACCCUGCCAAGGCAACUUCAGGCAGGACUUGAAAUUCAAUAAAUCUAAAGCAGGCUAAUUUUCAAGUUGAUAAUCGUGUAUGGCCUACAAAUGAUGUUAUAAAUAUCCAAAUGGCCCUUGGCAGGGAACAGGUUUCUCCACCCCUGGUGGCAUAUUGUACUUACAGUUUUAUGUCACCUUUUAUUCCAUAGCUAACUGCACAAGGCUGUGAGCUUAAGGGUAGGAACAGUCUUUACUCUUCACUUCAUUGCUACUUCCUGGCACAUACUGGGCACUCAGAUAAUAUUGAAUAUACGCACAAUUCCUUCAGCCUCAGUAAAGCAUGAAAUUUUCCUGAUGUUUUGAGAACUAUGGCUUCCUUACUCUACCAUAUUAUGACUCUCUUAGAUUUUUAUCGUCUUUCAGUGCUUAGCCCUGAAAUGCAUUAUAUAAUAAUCAGUGUUAUCAUUUCAUAAAAAUCCAUUUUCAUAUAUAAUUUCAUAUAAUAUUUAGAUGCAGGAGUUUUAGAUACUAAGUCCUUCCUACUUAUUAGUUGGUCUUCACCAGAGUAAUUGAUUUAUUUUAAUUCUUUCUGUAAUUAUCUACAUAAUAAGACAAAAUUUAGAAUUUGUGAUAAUUUUGGGGCCUGCAUUGUGACAUCGUGAGUUAAGCCACUGCCUUCGACGCUGACAUCCUGUACAGGCACCAGCUCCUGACUCACAUGCUUCACUUCGAUUCAGUUUCCUGCUAAUGCACCUAGAAAAGCAGCAAAAGACAGCCCAAGUGGUUGGGCCCCACUCACCCACGUGGGAGACCUGGGUGAAGCUCCUGGCUAUACCCAGCCCUGGCUAUUGCAGCCAUUUGGGGAGUGAACCAGCAGAUGGAAAGUGGAAAUAAACCAGAUUUCUUUUUUAUUUAUUUGAAAGGAUGAUAGGAGAGAGAGAGAUAGGGAGAGAGAAAAAGAGAGAGCGUGCUUCUACCGGAUGGUUCAGAGAGAGAGAGAGUGCUUCUAUCUGAUGGUUCACUCCCCAAAUAGCCACAAUAACUGGGGCUGGGCCAAGCCGAAGCUAGCAGCACAGCUUCUUCCAAGUCUCCCACGUAAAUGAAGGGGCCCAAACACUUGGACCGUCUUCCAUUGCUUUUUCCCAGGCACAUUAGGAAGUGGAGCAGCCAGAACUGGAGAGCUGGAUUAAAAGUGAAGCAGCCAGGACUAGAACCAGUGCCCAUGUGGGAUACCAGCAUUGCAGGAGGAGGCUUAACACACUGUGCUGCAAUGAGGGCCUCUGGUUUGCAUUAUAGACAAAGGCUUAAUGCUCCGCUAAAUAAAGAGUUCAACAAGUAAAAAGACCAUAGUUCAACAAGAAUAUUAAUUUUGAUAUUUUAAUAUUUUCAGGGUUUGAUGAAUAUGAUAAAAAAGUAUAUGUGUGUGUGUAUACAUACAUACGUAUCUUCUCCUUAUGAAUGGAGUACACUUUUCACGCUCCCUCUGUAGCAGUAACUCCAAAUUUAAAUAGAGAACUGCCCAUCUCUUCUCAUAACCUGUUAAUAGACUUCUUUAACACAGAAAUAUUCAGCAUAUAGUAUGAGGACCUGUCUGUGAGGAGAUAAGUUUACAAUUUUUUAAAGAAACUCGUAUAGUUUGAUAAGCAAUUUCAUGUCUAUUGAAUCUAAACUUGUUUGGUAUAUACUUAUUUUAUCUUCCUAAUAAUUCAUUUUAUUUUUUUAAAAUAUUAUCUUAUGUGGCCGGCGCCGUGGCUCACUAGGCUAAUCCUCCGCCUUGUGGCGCCGGCACACCGGGUUCUAGUCCCGGUCGGGGCGCCGGAUUCUGUCCCGGUUGCCCCUCUUCCAGGCUAGCUCUCUGCUGUGGCUCGGGAGUACGGUGGAGGAUGGCCCAAGUGCUUGGGCCCUGCACCCCAUGGGAGACCAGGAUAAGUACCUGGCUCCUGCCAUCGGAUCAGCGCGGUGCGCCGGCCGCAGCGCGCCGGCCGUGGCAGCCAUUGGAGGGUGAACCAAUGGCAAAAAGGAAGACCUUUCUCUCUCUCUCUCUCACUGUCCACUCUGCCUGUCAAAAAAUAAAACAUAAAAAUAAAUUAUGAUAUAUUGGAAGUUCAAAGAAAAAAAUCUUUACCAGAGAUAAUUUUCAAAGCACCACUCUAAAACAGUGGUUCAUAGCCUUUUGUUUUUGUGCCUAGCCUUAUAAAUGAUGCCACACUACAGGAGGUUUGGAGGAGUGUUUCUCUACCAGUGGACAUAUUAAAAUCUUUUGGAAGUUUUUUUUUUUAAUAUUUACUCAUUCAUUUGAAAGAGUUACACAGAGGGUGAGGUGGAGAGAAAGAGGUCUUCCAUCCACUGAUUCACUCCCCAAAUGGCUGCAAUGGCCAGGGCUAGCUAGGCUGAAGCCAGGAGCCAGGAGCUUCUUCCAGGUCUCCCACGUGGGUGCAGGGGCCCAAGGACGUGGGCCAUCUGCUGCUGCUUUCCCAGGCCAUAGCAGAGAGCUGGAUCAGAAGAGGAGCAGCCAGGGCUAGAACUGGUGCCCAUAUGGGAUGCCAGUGCCGCAGGCAGGGGCUUAGCCUAUUAUGUCAUAGCGCUGGUCCCUAAUUCAUGUAUAUUAAAGAAAUAAUUCAUACUUUUUUUCUCAGACAACAUCUCUUCUAAUAGGAUGAAUUAUUUAUAUUUGUUAUAAAAACUUUAUAAAAUAUGUGGUUGAGUAUAAAACAUAAAUCAAUCUUUGUAGCUGAAAGUUCCUUAUAAAUUGGCCUUAAUGUGGACAGCAUUGUAGCUUAGUGAGUUAAGCUACUGCCUGUGUUGUGGGCAUACCACAUGAGUGCCAGUUUGAGUCCUGGCUACUUAACCUCUGAUCCAACUCCCUGCAGUGAGCCUGGCAAAGCAGCAAGAGAUGACCCGAGUACUUGGAUCCCUGCACCUGCAUAGGAGCCCCCGUGGACUUCCCAGCUCCUGCCUUUGGCCAUCUGGGGAAAGAACCAGCAGAUGGCAAAUCUCUCUCUCUCUCAAUCUCUCUCUCUCUCUUUCUUCAGUAAAUCUGCCUUUCUAAUAAAUAAGUAAAUAUUUUUUAAAAAUUGUUCUUGAUCAAGAAAAUUAAGAUAUAAUAUAGCUAAUUUUUAUUUGUAUCUAAUUGCUGGCCAAUGCUUACAGAGAUUUAGUAAAGGGUGGCUGCAUUAAAUAUUUUGAAAUAUUUAUUACUACAUUGGAAGUAGUGGCUUAGAAGUAGAUUCCACGUUGUAAUUUCUUUGAAAACACUAUUUAUAAUAAACUAAAUACUGUAGAUGUGAUACUCUUGUUGGUUACAAUUUUAAAGUUUCCUUAGGUGUAGCUAGAUUUCAGUAGUGGAGCAAGCACUCUGAAUGGUGCCUUAAAACCACAGGGAUAUGAAAGACCAUUGGAUUUUAAUAUUUUGAAGUCAGAAUUUUUCUUUGCUCAGCAUUCCCACUAAAUCUUUGUUUGUGUUUGCACAUGCUUUUGCAAAGCCUUGUCUAAUGUAUUUGAGUGAGAGAAUGCUAUGAGAAGGUGUAGACCAAUAAAGAUAAAUUAAGGCUACUGUAGCUAUUCUCCUAGAAUCUAGUCAGUUUUACUCUUUUUAUUACAUUUUAAAAAAUUUAUGUAUGUAUGCAUUUGAAAGAGUAACAGAGAGUUAGAAGGAAAAACACAGAAGAGUGCAUACUCUUCCGUCUGCUGGCUCACUUCCCAAAUGGCUGCCACAGCUGAGGCUGGGUCAGUCCAAAGCCAGGAUCCAGAAGCUCCCUCUGGAUCUCCGACAUGGAUAGCAGAGGCCUAAGUACUUGGGCCGUCAUAAACUGCCUUCCCAGGUACAUUAGCAGGAAGCUGGAUCAGGAGCAAAGCAGCUGAGACUCAAAGUUGACUCAAAGUUGACUAAAAGCUCAAAUAUGAGAUGUGGGCAUCGCAAGCAGAGGCUUAACCCACUGUGCCACAGUGUUUUUACACUUUUAAAUUUUAGAGCAGUUUGUAUUUAUUUUACAGCAUUUCCAAUAGUACUUUGAUCAUGUUUAAUCUCAUGUUUUAUUUAAAAAUGAAUGCUAUUAAAUACAUUACCAAUGUAUUUAAACUUCCAGAAAUUACCAGAACUUUCAAAAAUCUGCAUAAUGCUCUUCAGAAUGACAUUUAGUACAACUGCUGUAUUUAGAAUAUAUGUGUCUUUUUAAUUCCAAGGAUUUUUAGUACUCACUUAUUAUAGAAGUUUUCUUUUUUAUUUUUUUAAAGCUUUAUUUUAUUUAUUUUAAAGAGUUACAUAGAGAGGUAGAGACAGAGAGGAGAGAGAGAUCUUCUAUCUGCUGGUUUACUCCCCAAAUGGCUGCAACGGCCGGAGCUGGGCCGAUCCAUAGCCAGGAGGCAGGAUCCUCCUCCAGGUCUCCCACACGGGUGCAGGGGCCCAAGGAGUUGGGUCAUUCUGCUAUCCCAGGCCACAGCAGAGAGCUGGAUCGGAAGAAGAGCAACCGGGACUCGAACUGGCACCCAUAUGGGAUGCCGGUGCUUCAGGCCAGGGCUUUAACCCCCUGCGCCACAGCACCGGCCCCUAGGAGUUGGUUUUUGGUUUGUUUUGUUUUGUUUUGUUUUGUUUUGUUUUGUUUUUGACAGGCAGAGUAGACAGUGAGAGAGAGAGACAGGGAGAAAGGUCUUCCUUUUUGCCCUUGGUUCACCCUCCAUUGGCCACUGCGGCUGGCGCACUGCGGCUGGCACACUGCUGAUCUGAAACCAGGAGCCAGGUGCUUCUCCUGGUCUCCCAUGCGGGUGCAGGACCCAAGGACUUGGGCAUCCUCCACUGCACUCCCUGGCCACAGCAGAGAGCUGGCCUGGAAGAGGGGCAACCGGGACAGAAUCCGGCGCCCCGACCAGGACAAGAACCCGGUGUGUCAGCGCCAGCUAGAAGUUUUCUUAAAAAAAGUUUCCUUGCAUUAUGGAUGCAUUUUUAGCAUGAAUGGUUACUUGAUAAUUUUCAGCAAUGAGAUCAGUGGUUCUACGUUAUUUGUAUAGCUUUCAAUUGAUACAGUUCUCAGUUUUUGAGAACUAAGAGAAAAUACAUAUGAUUUUCUCUAAAAUUGAGUGAUUUUUCAUGAUAUAUCAAUGUGUGACAAUCUGAUAAUGACUGUGUUGAAAUAAUUUCCACUGACUCUUAGUUGUUUCAGUUUUCUCACUAAAUCUAAUAAGUCUUCAUUUGUUUUAAAUAAAUGAGUUGAAUAAAACAACCCAUUGAAAAUAAGGUGAGUGGGGCCAGCACUGUGGCGUAGAAGGUUAAGCCACCGCCUGCAGUGCCAGAAUCCCACAUGGGCACUGGUUCAAAUUCCAGCUUCUCCUCUUCCAAUCCAGCUCUCUGCUAUGGACUGGGAAAGCAACAGAAGAUGGCCCAGGUCCUUUGGCCCCUGAACCCACGUGGGAAACACAGAAGAAACUCCUGGCUCCUGGCUUUGGAUUGGCGCAGCUCUGGCCAUUGCAGCCAAUUGGGGAGUGAACUAGCAGAUGGAAGACCUAUCUCUCUCUCUCUCUCUCUCUCUCUCUCUCUCUCUGCUUCUCCUUCUCUAUGUAACUCUGACUUUCAAAUAGAUAAACAAAUCUUUAAAAAACAAAAUAAGGUGAGCUAUGAUUAAAAAUAAGUAAUUAAAAAUAAGUGUUCAAUGGUUAAGAUGCCAGCAUCCCACAUCAGAGUGCCUGAGUUUGAUUCCUGGCUCUAACUUCUCCCUCCAGCUUCCUGCUUGUGCAGACUCUGGGAGGCAAUAGUGAUGGCUUAAGUGAUAGGGAUUCUGCCACUCUCAGAGGGAGACCUGGAUGGAGUUCCAGCUCCUAGUUUUGGCCCUGCCCAGCUCUGACUUUUGAGAAAUGAACAAGCUAAUGGAAGCACACACUCUCUUGCUUUCUCUCUCAUUUGAGAAAUGGACCAGCUCACUCUCUCUGCUUGUGAAUCUCUGCUUGCAAAAUUUUAAAAAAGAUUAUUUAUGUAUUUGUUUGAAAGAGUUUCAGAAAGAUGGAGAGAGCGAGAGAAUCUUCCAUCCACUGAUUCAGUCCCCCAGUGGCCAUAACUCCCGGGCUGGGCCAGGCUGAAGCCAGUAGCCUGGAACUCCAUCCUGGUCUCCUAUGUAGCCAAACACUUGGGCCAUCUACUGGUGCUUUCCCAGGCACAUUAGCAGGGAGCUGGAUGGGAAGUGGAGCAGCAGGGACUUAAACCAACACUCAUACAGGAUGCUGGCAUGACAGGCAGCUUCUUAGCUUACUAUGCCUCAACACCAGCCCCAUGUCAAAUUUUUUAAAUAAUAAAAAUUGGAUAGUGUGGCAUGGUAAAUUAUAAUUUCUAAAUACUUCCUAAGAUAGACCUGUUCUGAAGAAUGGGGAAUGUUAACUUUUUUUUUUCCCAAUUUGUUUUAUUUAUUUGAAAGGCAGAGUGAAAGAGAAAGGGGGAGUGUGGGGAGCAAACCGGACUAGACUGAGUUACUGGAAUUAAGACUUAUUCUAUGCAUCUGCUCUCCCACAAUAUGGCGCUGGGAGAGAAGUAAACAGCUUCCACACAGCUGCCUCCAGUUCAACCAAUAAACUGUAGGACUUGCUACUGAUUGGAGGAGAGCAGCGUACUUGGCGUGUGGGCAGCCGAGUUGGGAUUGGCGGAGGAGGACUAUAAAGGAGGAGAGAGACGGCAUGCACCAGGAACAUCUAAGGGGAACAUCUGAAGGAACACCUGUGCAGCCCCCGAGAGAGCCGGCCGGCGGUGUGCCGCUCCCCUGCGGAAGUGGGGAAUGUGGCCAGGGGGAACCGCCCUUCCACGGAGGUGGAAGGGAUAGUAGCCAACCCGGGAAGAACCAGCAGCAAACCCGGGGAGGGCCGAGCAGACAAAAGAACAGCGCAGGGUCCUGUGUCGUUCCUCCACGAAGAGGGGGAGCGACAGGGAGACCGAGUAAAAGUGAUCUUCCAUCUACUGGUUCACUCCCCAAAUGGCCACAUCAGUUGGGGCUGAGCGAGGCAGAAGCCAGGAGUCAGGAACUCCAGGUCUCCCACGUGGGUGGCACCUGCCCAAAUACUUGGACCAUCUUUUGUUGCUUUCCCAGGCACAUAAAUAGGGAACUGGAUCUGCAGCAGAGCAACCAGGACGCACUGGCACUCCAAUAUGGGAUGAUAACGUUGCUAACAGUGGCUUAACCCAUUAGGCCACAUGUUGACCCUACUGUAAUUUUUCAGUGUAAAUUUUUUUAAAGAGUUAUUAUUUAUUUGAAAGAGAGAGAAAGAGAGGCAGAGAGAGAGAAAGUGAGAGAGAGAGAGAGAUUCUUCGAUCUGCUGGUUCACUCCCCAAUUGACUGCAAUGGCUGGAGUUGCACCAAUCUGAAGCCAGGAGCCAGGUGCUUCCUCCUGAUCUCCCAUUCAGGUGCAGGCGCCCAAGCACUUGGGCCAUCCUCCACUGCCUUCCUGGGUCACAGCAGAGAGCUGGACUGGAAGAGGAACAACUGGGACUAGAACUGGCACCCAUAUGGGAUGCCGGUGCCACAGGCAGAGGAUUAACUAACUGAGCCAUGGCGCUGGCCCCAUGCCAAUGAUCUUUAAAAAUUUUUUGUUGGGGCCAGUGCUGUGGUGCAGCAGCUUAAGCCACAGCUUGUAGUGCUCACAUCUCCUAUGAAUGCUGGUUUGAGUCCCAGCUGUUCCAUUUCCAGUCCACCUCCCUGCUAAUGUGCCUGAAAAAGCAGUAGAAGAUGGCCCAAGUGCUUGGGCCCCAGUACCCACAUGGGAGACCUGGAAGAAGCUCCUGGCUUCCAUUUGGCACAGCCCCAGCCGUUGGGGCCAUUUGGGGAGUGAACCAGCAGAUACAAGAGCUCUCUGUCUUUCUCUCUCUCUCUCUCUUUCUCUCUGUAACUCUGCCUUUCAAAUAAAUAACCAAAUAUUUAGAAAAUUUUAAAUUAAUUUAUGUGAGAGAGAGGCAAAGAGCUUCCAUCCGCCAGAGCCAAGAGCUCAAUCCAGUUUUCCCAUUUAGGCAGCAGCAGAAGAGAUCUUCCACCAACUAGUUCACACCCUAAAAUGGCCAUAAUGGUCAGGGCUGGGCCAGGCCAAAGCCACAAGCCCAGAACUCCUUUCAGGUCUCCCAUGUAGGUGAAAGGGGUUCAGGUACUUGGGCCAUUUUUUGCUGCCUUCCCAGGUGCAGUAGCAGGGAGUUGGUUUGGAAGUGGAGCAGCCAAGACUCAGGACUCAAAACUGGUGCUCCAAUAUGGGAUAUAUGGGAUGCUGGCAUUGUAGGCAGCAGCUUAACCUGCUGUGUCAAAAUGAUGGCCUUGAGUUAUCUUUUUAUUUUUGAGUUGUGGGGUUUUUUAGGAUGUUAUAGAUAAGAGUACUUUGUCAAAUAUAUGUCUGCUGAAUAUUUUCUCCCUGUGAUUUGCUAGUUUAUUUUCAUAAUAGUGUCAAUUCAUUGUGUUUUUUCAACAGUUUAUUAUGUAAUUUUUUCAAGCAUGCAGAAGUUUUACAGUGAACAACUGUACACCCCUCACCCAUAUUCUGUUAUUAACAUUUUAUUGUACUUGUCCUUUUACCUGUCUGUACUGUUGUAGCAUCAAGUAAAUUGUAGACAUCAGUUCACUUCCUCCAAAUACCUCAAGAAGCAUAUUAUUAAUUAAAAUUCAGUAUUUGUUUGCCACUUUCUUUUUUCUUUUGAGGCAAACUUUUUGAGUGACUCUUGGCUGAGUUUUGACAAAUGCCUGUACCUGUUAGAACCUUAAACCCUAUAAGGAUAUAGAAUAUUUCCAGGGCUCCAGGAAGUCCUCUCCUAUCUGGUGCCACUUAAUCUUUACCUCCAUUCCCCCAGAGGCAACCAUGUUCCUGAUUAUUUUUUUGCACCAUAGAUUAGUUUUGCCUGUUAUAAAACUUUGUAACUGUGAAUUCAUGUUAUUUACUACUUUGUGUAAAGUUCUUUGACUUAGCACAUUUUUUAGAUCAAUCCACGUUGCAUGUACCAAUAGUUCAUUUUUUAAUUGCUCAAUAAUAAUCCUUUGUUUGACUAUCACGCUUUGUUAAUCCAUUAUUUUAAGGAUGGAAGAGGGAUGUUUCUAGUUUGGGGAUGAUAUGAAUAAUAUGCUAUAAACAUUUUUGUUCAAGUGCAUUUGUGGGGAUAUAUUUUCACUUCUAGGAGUAAGUAAGUACCUAGGCGUGGAGUUGCUGGAUUAUAGGGUAAGUGUCAGACCCUUUUCCAUAAUAGAUAUAUUAAUUUACACCCCCCACAAAAAUGUAUGAAAGUUCUUUCUGUCCCACAUUCUCGCCAGGUUUGAUGUUAGCCGUCUUAUUAAUUGUUAGUUGUCUUGGUAUGUGUAAUGUUACCUAAUUGUGAUGCUUGAAAUAGUUAUUUUUUUUUAAAAAAAGAUUUAUUUAUUUAUUUGAAAGUCAGAGUUACAUAAAGAGAGGAGAAGCAGAGAGGUCCUCCAUCCGAUGGUUCACUCUCCAAUUGGCCGCAAUGGACGGAGCUGCACGGAUCUGAAGCCAGGAGCCAAGAGCUUCCUCUGUGUCUCCCACGCGGGUGCAGAGGGCCAAAGACUUGGGCCAUCUUCCACUGCUUUUGCAGGCCACAGCAGAGAGCUGGAUUGGAAGCGGAGCAGCCAGGUCUCACACCAGCACCCAUAUGGGAUGCCGAUGUCUCAGGCCAGGGCAUUAAGCCACUGCGCCACGGCGCUGGCCCCUCAAAUAGUUAUUUCUUACACCGAGCUUUUUAAUUUUUUAAAACUUCCUAUGCAUAUCACUCAUACACCUGAGCUUUUUCUGUGCUGCCUUUAUCUUCAGUUUUACCUACAGUUAACUCUAGGAGAUACCUAUUUUUAAACUGCUGAUCACUGUGGUCCCAACACAUUAAGUUGGCAAGUAAGUUACUGCUACUGUAGUUAACCAGAAUGGGUCACCUUUCUAGUUAUUUGGUUUGGGAAUUUUCUGAGAGAGGAGGGCUGGUAGGGUAACAUUUGUACAAAGGCUUAUAUACACAAGCUGUACACAGAUUUAUAAAUGUGAGUCAUUGUUUCCAUCUAUCAACUACAGAAGAUUAGCCACAGUUCAGACUCUCUAAAAUAAAUACGAAAGGCAAUAUCCAAGUGGAAAUAUCUCAUGGCACUGAAAUAUUAACAUACUUGGACCUCAGAAUAUUCUAAUAUUGAAAUUUUUGACAGCUUGGUAAUUCUUUUAAGUUGCUACAAAUACAUUAUUUGUGUAGCUAUCUAACUUGCAAUAUGGGAAAAUCACCAAAGUACUACCAGCUCUUAAUUUCUUUCAAAGAUUAAAAAAUAGUUACCAAUCAUCUCAGGUGAUAACACUUUUCUGCCUCCCCUACAGCAGUAAUUCUCAAGCUUGGUUGCAGUUAGAACCACCUGAAGAAACUUUAAAGUGUUUGCCCAGGCUGCAUUCCAAAGUAAUAAAAUGAGACUAUCUGGGAUAGAACCUAGGCAUCAUUAGUUUUAAAAGCUCACCAGGUGGUUCCAGUGUGCAGCCAAGGUUACAGAACAAUGCUAUUAAGAAUCCAUGAAAUAAAGUUUAGGUAAGUGUGUAUAGGUUUUCUCUCUCUCUUUUUUUUUUUUUUUUUUUUUGACAGGCAGAGUGGAUAGUGAGAGACAAAGACAGAGAGAAAGGUCUUCCUUUGCCAUUGGUUCACCUUCCAACUGGGACAGAAUCCAGCGCCCUGAGCGGGACUAGAACCCGGUGUGCCAGCGCUACAAGGUGGAGGAUUAGCCUAUUGAGCCAUGGCACUGGCACCGGCCCGGGUUUUCUCUCUUUAAAACUUGUCUGUGUUGCCUGUCACAAAGGCAUUGGAGGUCUUAAGGUAGGCUUCACCGUUUACAAUCUUUGUGACUUUGGCCAAGGCUCUUAGCUGAAUAUUUCUGUUUCUGUGAUGAUUAAAUCACGAUGUAAAAUUUCCAGUGCAAUGCAGAGCACAAACUUUUGGUUUCCUUCUCUGUUCACAUUCAAGUCUUUGAAUGGGGAUUACAAACCAUCAUUCCUUUCUGGUAAAUAAAAUUAGCCUAGCCUUACUUGUCAGGUGGAAAGCAUUCCUAACAAAGCCCUUAGAUUACAUCAUCAGGAUAGAAAUUAACACAGGGCUCAAUUUACUGACUCUUGAGCACAGAGUUAGUACUUCUUACUGUGUAGUUAGGAGUCAUCAACCGAGAAUCUGAUACUGCUGACAAAAUACACCAAGAGUAUGCUAUUGUAAGUGUGUGCUAAAAGAACUAUAUUCCUCUUAAUCAGAGAUUCCUUUGUUUUUUUUUUUUUUUCUUUAAAGUACGAUGUUUAAGCUCUCUUUACAAUACUAACAAAUUCUGCAAUCUUCUACUUAAACCUAGUUUUCUGUUUUCAACAAAGUUCUAUUUUGGGGGAAGUUAAUCUCUUUUUGUCCUUAUGUAGUGUCUAGAACUCUGCCUUGUGUAAAAUAUGAGAAUUCAUUCAAUAUUUGCUGAUUGUUUCUACGCAGAGAGUUAGAAAAAGUCUAUGAGUUUGUAUGACUUUCUUCCGCAUAUGGUUUGAAAUAAAGAACAGAGGCUUACAAACAAUACACAUUUCAUUUUCUAGUUGACGUUAGGCCAGUCUUUCUUCAGAGGAGUCUGUAAAAUGAACUCUUCCCUAAUCUUUGCCAUGUGAAAUAGGAGGGCAGGGGUUGAAGUCACAGUGCAGACAUAGGGUGGCCGCAGUUUCAGUGACGGCAGCGGACAGGGGCGCACGCAGGGAGUUCCUGAACUGCCCGGUCCGCACGGCCGCCUGAACGGUUCUGGGGUUCUGCAGGUCAGUAACAACAGGGGUGGAGUGCGAGUCCUUUUAAGUGAAGGAUAAACACCGUGGAAGGCGUGUCUCCCAGCGCCCCACUCCCUAGGCGCUGUGGGUCACGUGAGCCACGAGCACUUCCCGAUUCCCAGCCGCUGUCUGCGGAGCGCAGGCAGCCCGAGGCGGGCAGGGGGUUCCGGAGCGCAGCGCUUCCCGCCGCCGCGAUGCCGCACUUCACCGUGACUAAGGUGGACGACCCCGGGGAGGGGGCGGCGGCCUCGGGCUCCCAGGAGCCCAGCGGAACCGAAGUGAAAACCCGGGGUCAGGAUUCUGAUGAGCGAGACCCGAGUCAGAACUCCAUCACAGGGGAACACAGCCAACUGUUAGAUGAUGGGCAUAAGAAAGCUCGAAAUGCUUAUCUUAAUAAUUCCAAUUAUGAAGAAGGAGAUGAAUAUUUUGAUAAAAACUUGGCACUCUUUGAGGAAGAAAUGGACACCAGACCAAAAGUGUCUUCUCUCCUCAAUCGCAUGGCCAAUUACACAAAUCUGACACAAGGAGCAAAGGAACAUGAAGAGGCAGAAAACAUCACUGAAGGGAAAAAGAAGCCCACCAAGACCCCCCAGAUGGGUACUUUCAUGGGUGUCUACCUCCCCUGUCUACAAAAUAUUUUUGGAGUGAUCCUCUUUCUACGCCUUACAUGGGUGGUCGGCACUGCUGGAGUUCUUCAGGCCUUUGCAAUCGUCCUCAUCUGCUGCUGCUGUACAAUGUUGACUGCUAUCUCCAUGAGUGCCAUUGCCACUAACGGAGUGGUGCCAGCUGGGGGCUCAUACUUUAUGAUUUCCCGAGCUCUGGGUCCAGAGUUUGGUGGCGCUGUUGGCCUCUGCUUUUAUCUUGGUACCACAUUUGCAGCAGCCAUGUAUAUCCUUGGGGCAAUUGAAAUUUUUCUGGUAUAUAUUUUUCCCCGGGCUGCCAUCUUUCGCAGUGAGGAUGCACUCAAGGAAUCAGCAGCCAUGCUUAAUAACAUGCGUGUCUACGGCACAGCUUUCUUGGUUCUCCUGGUAUUGGUGGUAUUCAUCGGUGUGCGCUAUGUGAACAAGUUUGCCUCUCUUUUCCUGGCCUGUGUCAUUGUGUCCAUCUUGGCCAUCUAUGCUGGAGCCAUCAAGUCGUCUUUUGCCCCUCCACACUUUCCGGUCUGCAUGUUAGGUAACCGUACUCUUUCUUCAAGACACAUCGAUGUUUGCUCUAAGACCAAGGAAGUUAACAACAUGACAGUUCCAUCAAAGUUAUGGGGCUUCUUCUGUAACUCAAGUCAGUUUUUCAAUGCCACCUGUGAUGAAUACUUUGUUCACAAUAAUGUCACUUCAAUUCAGGGCAUUCCUGGAUUGGCUAGUGGUAUCAUUACAGAAAAUCUUUGGAGUAAUUAUUUACCUAAAGGAGAGAUUAUCGAAAAGCCCUCAGCCAAAUCAUCUGAUGUCCUGGGCAGCUUAAACCAUGAAUACGUCCUUGUCGACAUCACCACCUCCUUCACUCUCCUGGUGGGGAUCUUCUUUCCCUCUGUCACAGGGAUCAUGGCUGGAUCAAACAGAUCUGGAGAUCUGAAGGAUGCCCAGAAGUCCAUUCCCAUCGGCACUAUCCUUGCCAUUCUGACCACAUCCUUUGUCUAUUUAAGCAAUGUCGUCCUUUUUGGUGCUUGUAUUGAAGGGGUUGUGCUCAGAGACAAGUUUGGGGAUGCUGUGAAAGGUAAUUUGGUGGUAGGCACCUUAUCUUGGCCAUCCCCAUGGGUAAUUGUUAUUGGCUCAUUCUUUUCAACGUGUGGGGCUGGACUUCAGAGCCUCACAGGUGCACCCAGGCUGCUACAGGCCAUUGCCAAGGAUAACAUCAUUCCAUUUCUAAGGGUUUUUGGUCACAGUAAAGCCAACGGGGAACCCACCUGGGCUUUACUUCUAACUGCUGCUAUUGCAGAGCUGGGAAUCCUUAUCGCCUCCUUGGAUCUCGUGGCCCCAAUUCUCUCCAUGUUUUUUCUCAUGUGUUACCUCUUUGUGAACUUGGCAUGUGCCUUGCAAACAUUACUUCGAACACCCAACUGGAGACCCCGAUUCCGCUACUACCACUGGGCCCUCUCUUUCAUGGGAAUGAGUAUUUGUCUGGCACUCAUGUUCAUCUCUUCCUGGUAUUAUGCCAUUGUUGCUAUGGUAAUUGCUGGCAUGAUAUACAAGUACAUUGAGUACCAAGGAGCUGAGAAGGAAUGGGGUGAUGGGAUCCGUGGGCUGUCCCUCAGUGCAGCCCGGUUUGCUUUGCUUCGCCUGGAGGAAGGACCUCCACACACUAAGAACUGGAGGCCUCAGUUGCUUGUGUUACUGAAACUAGAUGAAGACUUACAUGUCAAGCAUCCUCGCCUCCUCACUUUCGCCUCACAGCUCAAAGCAGGAAAGGGCCUUACUAUCGUGGGCUCAGUCAUUGUGGGGAACUUCCUGGAGAACUAUGGUGAAGCUUUAGCUGCUGAGCAGACCAUAAAGCAUCUAAUGGAGGCAGAGAGAGUGAAAGGAUUCUGCCAGCUGGUGGUGGCCGCUAAGCUGAGAGAGGGCAUUUCCCACCUCAUCCAGUCCUGCGGCCUCGGGGGCAUGAAGCACAACACGGUGGUGAUGGGCUGGCCCAAUGGCUGGCGCCAAAGCGAAGAUGCUCGUGCCUGGAAAACUUUUAUUGGCACAGUUCGAGUGACAACUGCUGCCCAUCUCGCCCUGCUGGUGGCGAAGAACGUCUCCUUCUUCCCCAGCAAUGUGGAGCAGUUUUCUGAGGGCAACAUAGACGUGUGGUGGAUUGUGCAUGAUGGGGGGAUGCUCAUGCUAUUACCAUUCCUACUGAAACAGCACAAGGUGUGGCGAAAAUGUAGCAUCCGGAUCUUCACAGUAGCCCAGCUAGAAGACAACAGUAUCCAGAUGAAGAAGGACCUGGCUACCUUCCUGUAUCAUCUGCGCAUUGAAGCAGAGGUGGAGGUGGUAGAGAUGCACGACAGUGACAUCUCAGCUUAUACUUAUGAGCGCACCCUGAUGAUGGAGCAGAGGUCCCAGAUGCUGCGGCACAUGAGGCUCUCCAAAACAGAGCGCGACAGAGAGGCCCAAUUGGUAAAAGACCGGAACUCAAUGCUACGACUAACCAGCAUUGGCUCAGAUGAAGAUGAAGAGACAGAAACCUAUCAGGAGAAGGUGCACAUGACUUGGACAAAAGACAAGUACAUGGCAUCCCGGGGGCAAAAAGCCAAGUCGAUGGAAGGAUUCCAGGAUCUGCUUAACAUGCGUCCAGACCAGUCAAAUGUGAGGCGGAUGCAUACAGCAGUGAAGCUCAAUGAGGUUAUAGUUAACAAGUCCCAUGAAGCCAAGCUGGUUCUGUUGAAUAUGCCAGGGCCACCCCGAAACCCUGAAGGUGAUGAAAACUACAUGGAAUUCUUAGAAGUGCUCACGGAGGGACUGGAGCGAGUCCUCCUUGUCCGUGGCGGUGGCAGUGAAGUGAUCACCAUUUACUCAUAAUCAGCUCCUGGAUGACUCUGCUUGGCCUCACCUUUCCUACAAUGCUUCUGUCCUCCAUGGAAGUGACAGCUCUUUACUACCACUCCAUCUGACUAGAGGCCUGUGUUCCAUACACAAUACACUGAACUCUUGAUGAGCUGAGCCUCAAGUACUUCUGCAAAAACAGUACUAAAAGAUCUGCUGUCCUAACAGAUGAAGCAAAUAUUCCUUCAACAUCAGAACAAUGGUCAAAUCCCAAAAGCCAUGUCGUCAGUAGAAAGCAAGUUAGAAUAGAAUUAACAAGCUAAGCCAAUAAACGAAUUAGUAAAAGAGAUGGUUAGAAAGUCAGCUGAAGACAAAAAGCAAGAACAUAGCCAACAGUAAAGAUAGGUCUCAGAAACCAUAGCUUGAUGAUGACACCACAGAGUUAACAGCCACAGAGACCACCUUAUCCUACUGAAGAAUUCACAGCCAAGUAUGAGGAUCCAUUACAUUUGUAGAGAUAACCAUGGCAAGCCAAGAUGGAAACUUUUUUUAGCUAUUUCUUUCUGUACCCACUGCUCUUUAGGACUCAGUAAUUUUAUGUUAGGGUAGUAAAAUACAUGGCUGAGACAUGGCUGCAGUGUCUACUUUCUCAAAAACAAGAUUUCCCCCAAAAUGCCAGGCUUAUGUAUCCAGUGUGUCAGUGUAUGUUUCAGCUGUUUAUAUUAACUCAGAACUCAUGCUGUAACUUGUUACCAUGGAAUUGCUUGUUAAGGGUAUAAAUUAUUUCAGGUUCUUUUUCAAAUGGCUGAACUAAGGGAGUUUCAAGAUAGUCAUUAAGAUUUACUUAAGUAGUCUGGUUUUCUAUGCAACAUGGGCAAAACAUACAUGCUGUUCCCUAAGAAAUAUGGGGCACAAUGCACACCUUUCUUUCUCUUUAUGCCUUCUUCAUAAGCACAGGUAAAAAAUAAGGUACAGUAGGAAGAAUGGCUAAAAUCCUCCCCCAAAACCUCAGACCAUCUUUAAAGGAUGAAUUCAGCAACAGAACUGGAAAUUCUAGAGCCAUAUGCUUUCCAUAGUGCCAAAGUUAUUACUGAGCUGCUGUUCUCCUUACCUACUUCACUAAACUGGCAUACAGAUUGGCACUGGCUUGACUGAAGAGUUUUUUCACUAAGAAACCUUGGCCUCAUCUCCAAAGCCAUAGUUAAGACUUGAGGCACUCACCUAAACACCAGAGGAGGAGCAUUUUCCCCUUUUCAAUUUGAUUCCUAAUUCUGACUGCAGAAACUUGUCUCUGACCUAAGAGGUUACCCAAGCAAAUAGUCUUCGGCAGUUUGUUUUCAGAAAGCUCUAAAUGUGCCAAGAAAACACAUAAAAAAGCUCAGCUUUUUUAUUCACUACUCUAUCGGUCACAAAAACCCUGGCUUAUUUCAUGUCUGUGAAAUCUUCCUUUACAGGACAAGUGUUUAGAGAAACUCUUCUUGUAUUCAGGCUGCUUUCAGAUUUUGCUUUACUAAUGAUAAAAAGUGCCAAUCUUUGAUUACUCAACAGGAUUUGAAGCAAGCUGAACUGUAGGUGUCAAAAUUAUUCAUUUGACUCAUAAGAACAAAGAAAAUCCUUCCUUAGAGCUUAAGAAACUUGCGUUACAUAUUUGUUCCCAUUGCUCAGCUUUCAACCUCCAGGCCCACUCAGGGCAGCAGAGCAGACAGGAUCCUGUCUUUUUUUUCUGUUGGUUCUAACAAAAGGUAGAAACAUUGUUUACCAUUCCCAUUGCAACACUCCACUGCUUAGUUGUGUACAGUAAUAGCGGGACAGGUCCUCUAGGACCCAAGAUCUUAAAGAUCAGUACUGUCAAGAUUAGCCUGCCCAGGAAUCCCCCAACAUUUACAUACACCCCUGGCCAAAGUGACACUUUUUUUUUCCCUCCCCAUUUAGGACAAGUAUGAGCAUAAAAUAAGGCUAGCUUUAGAACUGAUUACUAGUGGUUGGAACUCUGUAAGAGUACUUUAAAGGGAUAAGGAAAUUAGUGGCUAUUAAGAUAGCCACUACUUCAACCCCUAAAACACAAAAUCACUGUUACAUGGAAAAAUGGUUAUUAGGCCAGAUUUAUCCUCAUCUCUGUCUAAAGCAUUUCAUGUCUAUGUGUUGCUUAUGUUGUCUGCAAAGUGUCUGGUCUCUUAAUCACUGCAAAUAAAGCAAUACUGAAAACUUGAUGAGAGAAAGCACCUUAGGGGAAGGGGCUUUGUGUUUCAAGAGGGAAGAGAAAAGACAGACCUUCUGCCUUUGGAAUGAGACCCAGCUUUUACAUCUUACCUAUGACUUUAGUAGGGCAGGGUAUAAUACAUUCUCCUCCUGCUGGCCCUCUGCCUUCCACAGCUAUUGUAAAAGCUGAAGAUGGAACUGCAGCACUUACUCAACAGCAGCCAGGUUCCUCUUGGCAGGCAAAAGGUCUGUGCUCCUUAUCCUCCAUCGCCUCAGAUUCCUGUGGCCCCAAGGAUCCCACCAAUCCUCAUUCCCCCUAAACAUGUUAAAAAUCCCUUAUUGUGGGUAUUAAAAUAACAGUUACAUACUGUAAGCAUAUUUAUGUGCUUUUUUUUCUGGUUUAUUUUUCUUUACAUCAUGUAUAAUCUGAAUCAAGCAUUAGUUUAUUCCACAAGUGUCUUCGAGAGAAUUUUUAUGUCCUAGCUUGUGUUAAAUAGAAGUGAGAUAUUAAGGAAAAUAGAUUUAAAAGCAAACUUUUGCAACUUUUUUAAGCAUUGUUCUCAACCAUUUAAUUUAUUGAAAUGCUGCUAUAGUUACUGACUUAGCAGCAACUGUUCUUUUGUUUACAUAGAGUUCUGGUCAUGUUUGUUUUGCUCUGUAUUGGAAACAUAAAUAAAGUUUUCUACAUUAUUUUCA